AUGUACGGUGGGAGGGCGUUGCGUGUUGAGCGCGUUGCGGGCGGGUGCGUCGCGGUCGGUUGGUCAAGCGAUCAGCUUUAUUGAAAGAGCGUUUCCGAUUGUGAUGUCUGUGACCUGAUGUCACUUGUUAAUUUCUGGUAGUCUUUGCGUUUAUUCGCUGGCUUCGUCUGCGGCCUUGGUGGCGCUCCUCAGCCGCCAUGGCCUGCUGUUUGUCCGAGGAGGCACGCGAGCAGAAGCGCAUCAACCAAGAAAUCGAGAAGCAACUUCAAAGAGACAAAAGAAAUGCUCGAAGAGAGUUGAAAUUGCUUCUAUUAGGUUAGUUUUUAAUUUUAAACAUUUUUUAAUUUUGAUCGUUUUUAAAAUUUUGAUUUGCGUCAAAUACCAUUUACUUCAUUUAUAAGGUAAUGCUGUUUUUUCUAUCAUUUUUUGUUUCAUUUUGUUUUUGAAGCAAGUUUCACCUUGAGUAUCGUAGCAUUCUUAGUGAUUUGUUGAAAAAGGACUAUUUUACACAGUUCUCACUGUUUUGCCCUAAAAUCAAACUUUGGUGUGAAGUGGUUAAACUUUGUUGAAUUCUCUUUAUUUUAUAUUAAACUGUAAGAAAAUAAUCCUAUUUUCAAUAAAAAGUGAGCGUCGAUGUAUUUUGAGACUUGGAAUUGGUGGUUCGAAGUUUCAUUCGCAUAGUUUUGAUUCUUUUCUUGAACUAUCAAGCUCAAUUUUGCGCUUUGGAAGUCUAUCCGAGAUUUAUUAAGGUUAUCGAUCGAUUAAACGUGGUUAAUUUUUUUUUUCUUAGAUUCGGAUUUUGUUCGUCCCUCUUGAAUUUCUCGUUUCCCUUUCUCAUGUGCUGAGUGUGUGAGUGUAAGCGAAAGAGGUGGCUGGAAAAGUAGAGAGGCAAGUGCAUUUGCAUGUCGUGUCUAUUGGUGUGUGUUGCCCUCACCGCCAAUGCUUAUCGAUCGGCGCUCUUACAGCAAAAACGGAGGAGAGGAGACGUGAGUGAAGUGGAGCGAGCUUGUGUUGCGAGCGAACGAAACAACGGCAAAAUGUGGGAGAGCCGCAAAGGAGUUAGACGCCGAGACGGCUGAAAAACGCUCACACUGCCGCACACACACCAAAACGCUCACACGCUGACACAGCUUCUUGCGAGAAGAGAGAGCGAGAGAGAGCCAUCUCAUCCAUCCAUCUAUCCAUCCCUGUGUUUCUCUCCAUCUUCAAAGAAAACCUCGCCUCUCUCUACCCCCAUGUGUGUGUGUGCCUUUCAGUCUAGGCCUCGCAACCUAAUCAGCGCGCCCAGCCAAGCCCAAGAUGAAUUCGCAUACAAACGGCUAAUGGACAUGAGUUCCACAGCUAGAAAAGUGAUUUUUUUUGGGGAGACUGGCGGCCGCCUUUCAAAUAAGGUGCUGCAAAAUGCACACACCUUAGUGGAAGGAUGGGAACCGAAAAAAUCUGGGGUGCUGUACAGUCGUUGGAAUAAAAAAAUCUUACGCCUUGUGAAUAGGCUAUCAGUUGAUCAAACAUCCGAAUGUCUAUUUUAAAAAUGGAGGAGUUUAGAGCGAAUUUUUCUUUCUGGGAAGCGAAAAACUAGUUUUAUGUAAUCAGUUAUUUCAUGUAUUUACCGGUUGAAAAUUUUUAGUUUCUUGACGAUUGAGACUUUUUUCAAUCACACCCGUGUAGAGGAAAAUCUUCUCUCUGGGAUCCCUUUUUACUGAAAAAAUUUAUAUGAUCAAUUUUAUAUCGUUUCAUGGUCGGAAUUUUACGUCGGAAAUUUUUGUUGUUUUUUUGAAAACCCAUGAUCGAUCGAUGAACUCUCUCGAAAGCUUAUGAUCAAAAUUGCUCUUGUACUAAUUAUACAGAAAAGAAGCUUAAAAUCACUUUGAUAACUUUGGAAAAAAAGGAAAGUACAAAGGAUUCUUCCAGGAACCGGAGAAUCGGGAAAGUCAACGUUCAUCAAACAGAUGCGCAUCAUCCACGGCAACGGCUACUCGGACGAAGAUAAAAGGACCUACAUCCGCCUCGUCUAUCAGAACGUUUUCAUGGCCAUUCAGGUGAAAUUCAAACAGUUUUUUGUCUAAUUAAAACGUUUUUUUUUUUUUGAAAAUUAAUGUUGAGUUCGCCUAUCUCGUUAAAUUUGUUCUAUAAGUUUACGAAAUUCCAUUAAUCAACGGUGAUUCGCGUUAUGAGCUUUCAUGCAAAGUCGGUUUCUCUUUUUUCAGCCUUUUCAAUCGAUUACUACAUUCUUUCGCAUUUGAAUUUGAAGGGCUUUUGUUCUAUCAAAACUCAUAGAGGAAAAACGAGAAUUUCUGAUGUCCUGCUAUUGCCGUGUUCAAAGUGAUUCCGCGAAAUCCAAAAUAGCCGCCAGAAAAUCAAUAGAGAACUAAACUUCGGAGAGUCCGAGAUAGUUUUGCAUUUCGCGGAAAAUGCUUUGAACAAGGCAUAUAUUUACUGUGAAUUCUGGUUGGAAAUUCCUUGCUAAGACCUUUUUCAUCCAAGAAAAACCACAGCAAGAAGUUUUGAAUUGGAUGUUUUUUUUAAGUUGAAAAAAAAGCUCAGCGAAUAUCGCCUGACAAAAGAAAAAUUACUGAAUUUUGCAGUCAAUGAUCAGAGCGAUGGACACGCUGGGGAUAGAGUUCGGCGACCCCUCCGAGGAAUUACAAGUCUGUUUUUUUUCCUGUGGAAAUUUCUAUUUUUUUUUCUCAUUAAUCCAUACAGAGUAGUUCAGAAAUCAUCUUUCAAAAUUUUUUUCGAACUUACUCAUUUAUGAGUUUAAAUUUGAACAAUUUGUUUUUUUAUUCUGUUUUUUUCAUUCGUAGUUUUCCAUUUAAAUUUUUUUGAAAUUAUUUUGAUAAAAUUUCACGUUUUUCCGAUCAGAGAUUCGAAUAAUUUUUCUGUUAGAAAUUUUUUUAGUGGCCAAUGAGUUCCUCAUGGAAAAUCGAUUUAAUAUAAGAUUCUAAAAUCAAAUUUUGGGUUUCUCACUAUUUUUGCACAGUGAAGUUUAGAAAGAGGGCAAAGUUUUCGUUGGAAUUGUUUAGCUUUGAAAAUUUUGUCGUUGGGAUUUUUAUUGAAGGCUGGUAAUUUGAUUUGGAUAUUUGUAUAGUUGGUUUCUAGAAUUUAGAAUCAUUUUUCGGUUGGAUCGAAUCGAUUUUUUCUCGCCAAAUUUCAACUUUUCACUUCAAAACGAAACUUGAGAGCAACAAGAGCGAAUUAAUUCGAGAUUUGACGAUUAAAAUGAAAAAAAUAGUCGAAAACAAUUGAAAAACAGUUUUUCAAAAAAAUAAAUCUCAAAUGUGAAGUUUCGCCUUUUUGGAAAUUUUUUUUCUCGAUAUCGUCUCAAUUUUUGAGACGAGCUUGCUUCUUGCCUUGAUCUCGCCUCGAAAUUUUUUUUUGGAAAAAGUUCUUGUCUCGGUUUCGAAAAUCACUUCUCGUGCGACCCUGUUCUGUAGAAACCAGUAUUGUUAAGAUUUUUCCGUUCUCUUUUCGAUGACUCAUGAAAAUAAUCAGGAAAUAUCCCGUCUACGUCACAAGAUUGAACGGUUGGAAAACUUCAGAGAAUUUAUAAGAAACAAAGAAAAUAAAAAAAUGCCUCGAAAAAUGUUUCUCGUUGCAGUUGCAAGAAAAGGCGGCGGUGGUCCGCGCGGUGGACUUCGAGUCGGUGACGUCGUUCGAAGAGCCCUACGUCUCGUACAUCAAGGACCUUUGGGAGGACUCGGGUAUCCAGGAGUGCUACGACCGACGGAGAGAGUACCAACUCACCGAUUCUGCCAAAUAGUAUGUCCCGAAUUCGUUUACUUUUGGAAUUAAAGAUGAUAGUACUCGGAAUCAGAUAAAAAACUUCCGAAAAGGACUUUUGUUUUUCAAGAAAGGUUUACAGUAACCUCAUAAGUAUUCAUGUAGCGCAUCAGCUGUGAAUGGGAUAUCAAAAUCUUUUUAUUUGAAUUUUUUUAUAGUUUAGGAUUUUUUUGGCGGUAAAACCUCUUUAUUUGUUCAACCUUCUAAAAAAAUGGUGUGAUAAACACUUUUUGUAACAGUUAAUAAGGAAAUUUUUGGAAGUAUUUUUGUUAUGAUUCAUGUUAGUACUCAGAUUAAAUCACUCAAUUUCCAGAUUAGUGGAAACUGCAACGAAUAAUGAGACGUUCUGAUGUUUCGAAGAGAAUUUAUAUAAAAUUAUGAAACAGAAAGCGUAGCACCUAAACAAUUUCAGAAAUAUCUUCACGAUCAACUUUUUUCGAGUAGCCGCUGUAAGAGUUUACUAUUUCUUAGUAAAAAGAAUGUAAAAAGUCAAAUUGUGCAAAUUGAGCCGAAAAAGGUUUUUCCGAAGAAAGUUUUUCAGAGCAUAUAAAUAAAAAAAUUUCAAAUUGAGAUAUGACAAACUUGAACGCAAAAAUGAAAAAAAGUAUUUUUGGCUUACAAGCAAUUUUCAAUUUCUUCGUUUCUGCUCAGACUUUCCCGUUUCUAGUGAAAAAAGCAGUUAUAAUUGAAAAAUGUUUCAGUUAUUUGUCCGACCUCCGGAGGUUAGCCGUCCCUGACUAUUUGCCGACCGAGCAAGACAUUUUGCGGGUUCGUGUGCCGACAACUGGUAUUAUCGAGUAUCCUUUCGAUUUGGAGCAAAUCAUAUUCAGGUGCGCAUUUUUAUUUUUCGUUAAGUACUCCUACGGUUUGAAUAUUUUCAUCAUAUUGACGCGUUUUAAGUGAUUUCAGCAAAAAAUAAAUGACUAUUAGCGAGCGAAAAGAGGGAACUAAGAUUUUGGAACGCAAGAUUUUCUUUUUCUAUUUCACUUUGAACCCAAAUCAUUUUGAACGCGUCAUAACUUGUUUUUUUGUGAAAGUGAAAGCCACUGAAAAAUGAGUUAUCAUGAUUUUUAGUGUAGUUGAAAAAUUUGUCAGAUUAUCGUAAGUUAGUGCUCUUUUUUUGAAGACGUCAUAUUGCAACUCUGGAAAAACGAUCACUCGUACAAAAUACACAUUUAGUGUGUCCUCACAGCCAUGAAAUAAUUGAAGAGUUUUUUUUUAUCGGUUCGCAAAACUUUCGUUGAUCAAAAUAUAGUAGUGGACGACUUUCGAGCGUUCCGACAAUCAAACGCAGAUUCUUAAUUCUAGGAGAGGUUCGACGUCUGAAAAGUUUUUUGACAACUGAAAGUAUUCCAGAGGGAUAUUUAAGACCAUAAGAAAAACUAACUAGGGUUUGAAGCAACCGAGAAGUCUGUUGUGAAAAGUAAUCAAUUGAUAGGAUGCUAUAGAAAAUAAUAAAAUCAACUUUUCAGUAAAGUUAGUUAGUUCCGUAAAUUUUUUCACGAAUCGAAAAGUUUUCCUAUGUUUACCUCAGUUGGUUCUCAUCUGCUCUGGCUUUCAUAUGCGCAGAAAAAGUAUUUCCUUUUGCUGUGAAAAACACAUGAAAUCGUCUUUGAAGUUUGAGAAAAUUUUGUAAACGAAGUAUCACAAAAAAUAUGAAGUAUGAAGAAAAAUGAUUUGGAAUGAAAAUCGAAACUUUCAAAUCUUGAAAAUGAAAGCUCUUUUUCAGAAUGGUGGAUGUCGGAGGACAACGAUCAGAAAGGCGGAAGGUAUGGUUUUUCAUUGUCUGAAAUUUAAUUUCAAAAAAAGGAGGUAGAGAGACAUUUUUAUGUCUCACUUUCAGUUCUUCAAACUGAUUUGGAAGAGUAGCGUUUUUGUUUAGGAAGUCGGUAGUAUUUUUUUUUUAACUAUAUUGGGAUUUUCUUGGUGAAAAGUUGACGUAAAUAUUUCGGCAGUUGAUUUAAAGUCACGAAAAAACUUUUUACCGCCCAUGCGUCUUAUUUAAAAUAAUGAACCAUUAAACAGAUAUAGAUAUUUUAAACAGAUAUUAGUAUGAAGAUAGGGUAAAUGAAAAAAGUCGUCAAUAAGCUGCCUCACAUUUGGCUGAGACACAAAAAAAAUGUAGCAACGUCUGAAUUUUCACCAAUCUCAUGUUAUCUUUUUUCCGUUCUUUGACUAUCAGCUCAAGCUUAUCUUAAUGUGCUACCGUAUAGAAACAUGAGUAAAAAAAAAAAAUGAAUUGAGGACAUUCAAGAAAAUUGAAAUUGUUUUCCAGUGGAUUCACUGCUUCGAAAACGUCACGUCCAUCAUGUUCCUUGUUGCUUUGAGCGAGUACGACCAGGUCUUGGUUGAAUGCGACAACGAGGUAAUCAUUUUGCGUCUUGUUUUGUUUUUCUUGUAAGGAUGAUUUCAAAAAUUAAACAAUCUGAAUACUCAUUAAAUCCUCAUUAGCUCGAAGAAAAAAGAGAUGAGAUUUCUGGAGUCUGCAGAGUAUUUUCAAAGUUUUCGGUUCCUCAUUGAAAAAGUAACAGACGUUUCUUUAGCAUCUUUCUAUCAGAGAAGAAUUUCAUUAUUAGAGAAACUUUCAAAAUAAACUUUUCGUGUUUUUUCGAUUAUGGUCGCCAGAAAAAAUUUUUUUCAUUUGUUUUACCUUAUUCCAUUCAAUUCACUCUUUUGAAAGGUGUUCAAAAAAUAAAAAAUAAAUGAGAAGAUGAAUGAAGUAACACAACGAAAACGCACUGAAGUAUGUUAUUAGUACGGAAGCUUUCAAUGCAAAAGAGAGAUCUUUGAAAAAUAAUUUGAAGAGGUUCACAAUUGCAUGAAUCGAUUUUCGCGUUCAUCACAUUUUCAGAUGCUCUCACUGAUGUUAGAGAAAAGUGCAGACAAACACAGAAAGUUUUCGUUUUACUAUGACUUUCGAAAUUGUUUAUAUUUUUCUGCAUUUGAAUGUUUCUUUCCAGAAUCGAAUGGAAGAAUCGAAGGCCCUUUUCCGAACAAUUAUCACAUAUCCGUGGUUCACGAACUCUUCUGUGAUAUUGUUCUUAAACAAGAAAGACUUGCUGGAAGAGAAAAUCCUCUAUUCGCACCUGGCCGACUAUUUCCCCGAGUAUGACGGUCAGUUUUAUUAUUAUUAUUUAUUUUUUUUUCAAAGAAAAUUUAUUCAAUGAAAAAAAUUAAAUUUCGGGUAAAAGUUAAUACGGAAAUAUUUUCAAAAUAAAUUUGAUGAGUAGAUUUCUCCAGUAAUAAGUUUGAGAUUAUGUUGUCUAUGAGUAAAUUAAAAAGACGGAUUUUAUUUUUCAACUUUGGAAUAUACAUUGAAAGCAAAAAAAUGAUUAUAUAUAAGAGCUCUCAAAAAGUGGCCAAUGAUCGCGUUUAAUUGUUGAAUAAUCUGACCGCUUUGUUCAAAAAAAUAUGAAAUUAGUAGUAGAAUUGAUUUUAAUUUGUUGACACGACAGUUCGAUGAUUUUUGAAAGCAGUUCAGUGUUUAGCUUUCGAUGAAAUGAACGUUCGGUGAUCUUUUUCGUUAGAAAUUCAUUCAAACGAAAAAAAGAAAUGAAAACUUGAAAUGAAGAAUGGAAGAAAUUAAAUAAGAUUUUAUAAUUCUUUUUCCACCUUUUUCCCCGUUACCGUUCAUUUAAAUGACCGACCAGUCGUCGGGGACCGUUGAAUAUUUCCCAAUGAAUGGCCAUUUCAUUUCAAUCGACCAAUAGACUUUCGACUAAUAGAAGUGAACGUGUUCAUUGUCAUCACUUUUUGAACUUUUCACAAUGACCGGUUGGUUUAAAGGUGCCCGGUUGUUAAUUCGAUCGUUUUUUGAGUUGGUGACACGUAUUUUCGAAUUUUCGUUUAGCGAUCAUUACAAUUACCGGCCUCUAAAAGUUCAUUCGAUUACCGGGCAAAUUGGCAUUUUGGAGAGCUCUAUUAUAUAAGAUUCAAAAAUAAUAACUGGGAAAGGUUAGAUGGGGAACCCACAAAAAUAAUGUAGGUUCUUUAGAAAAGGUUUUUUCGAAAUAAGUUUUGAGCUAAUGACAUCUUUUCUUUCUUUACGUUUUCGAAGUCGUUUCGUGAAUUUAAAAUCGUUUUUUGUUCUGUCAGUUAUUCUUUUUAACCUGUGCAAAUUGAUGAGUUUGAUGACCGGAAACCCGAGGAUUUAUAUUUCAUGUUUUAUCAAAUUGCGUUCACAAACUCACAAAAGUAGUUUAGUGAAUCUCAUCUUGAUCAGUUUUAUUAUUUAUUAUUUUUUGAAGGUGAAAUUGCAUUGCAGAAAUUCUCACUCAAGUUUUUUGAACUGUCUCUGUUUACAGGCCCACCACGGGAUCCAAUCGCAGCUCGGGAGUUUAUUUUGAAAAUGUUCGUCGAUUUGAAUCCGGACGCCGACAAAAUUAUUUACUCACAUUUCACGUGUGCAACAGGUUUGAUUCAGCAUCCAUAUUAUUAUUUUCUUUUUUGAUCGUAAAAAAGUUCUUUUGGUGAUUAAAUUUAUUUGCAGAUACGGAGAACAUUCGAUUCGUAUUUGCCGCGGUGAAGGACACGAUAUUGCAGCAUAAUUUAAAAGAGUACAACCUCGUGUAG